AUGAGCAGCAGCAGCAACAACAACAGCAGCAGCACCACCACCACAACCACCGCACAGAGCAGCAGCAACAGCAACAGCAGCAGCAGCAGCACCAGCGUAAACAGCAACGGUAGCAGCAUUACAAGCAGCAGCAGCAGCAUUAGCGGCAGCAGCAAUAGGAGGAGCAGCAGCAACAACCUAAAGAACAGCAACACCACCAUAAACAGCAGCAGCAACAACAGCAGCAACAACAGCAGCAACAACAGAGGCGGCAGCAACAGCAGCAGCCCCAAAAGCAGCAGCAGCAGCAGCAGCAGUAGCAGCAGGAGCAGCAUUAGGAGCAGCAUCUUAAACAGCAGCAGCAGCAACAACAGCAUAGCAAGCAUCAUCAUCAUCAGCAACAGCAGCAGCAAGAGCAGCAGCAGCAGCAGCACCUUCUCCAUUAUUAGGACCAGCAGCAGCAGCAGCAGCAGCAUUCUCAUUAGCAGCAGCAACAGCAGCAGCAGCAGCAGCAUCAUACUUAGCAGCAGAACAAGAGCAGCAGCAACAGCAGUGCCAUUAUCAGCAAUAAGAACCAGCAGCAGCAGCAGCAGCAACAGAAGCGGCAACAGCAGCAGCGCCAUCCCCAGCAGCAGCAGCAGCAACCGGAGGAGGAGCAGCAGCAGCAACAGGAGGCUUAGCAGCAGCAGCAACAGCAGCACCAUUAUCAUGAGCCCAUCAUCCUCAGCAUCAUCAUUAGCAUCAUCAGCAGCAGCACCAACAGCAACAGCAGAAUCAUCAUCAGCACCAUCAGCAGCAGCAGCAGCACCAACAGCAACAGCAGAAUCAUCAUCAGCACCAUCAGCAGCAGCAGCACCAACAGCAACAGCAGAAUCAUCAUCAGCACCAUCAGCAGCAGCAGCAGCAACGGGAGCAGCAGCAGCAGCAGCACCAACAACAGCAGCAGAAUCACCGUCAGCACCAUCAGCAGCAGCAGCAGCAACGGGAGCAGCAGCAGCAGCAGCAGCAGCAGCAGCAGCAAAGGAGUACCCAUAUUGUGGGGCGGCAUGUCUAUUGAAUUCGAAGUGCGGCUCAUAUGCUCCGGGCCCUGGGGUGUCUGCGGAGACACCUGAGAGGGGACGGCUCUGUUUGCAUGCGAAGCUCCACUUAGGCGAGUUGGAGACAGUUGAGAGACAGCCUAAGUUAUGCUCUGCUACCGGCAUAGAGCUCAUCCUGUAUACUUUACUUCCUAUUUUCAAGCUUCCUGCUGCUGCUGCUGCUGCUGCUGCUGCUGCUGCUGCUGAUGCUGAUGCUGUGCUAGAGUUCCUACUCUUCUUUCUCUUGCCUAAGGCAUAG